AUGGACGGGAGCCUGUGGGAGCUCAGCCUGGGGAGAGGGGCCCGGAGCUUGGGGGAUAGCCAGGCACUGGCUGAGCUGCAGGAGCUGGCCCUGAGGUGGUUCAUGGAAACGCAGGCCCCCCUCAUUCUGCAGAACGGAGUCCUGCCCCCCUGGUUCCAUGGAUUCAUCACCCGCAAGCAGACGGAGCAGCUGCUUGGGGACAAGGCCCUCGGCUCCUUCCUCAUCCGCCUCAGCGACCGGGCGACCGGCUUCAUCCUGUCCUACAGGGGCGGCGACCGGUGCCGGCACUUUGUCAUCAACCAGCUCCAGGACCGGCGCUACCUGGUCUCGGGGGACACCCAGAGCCACGGCUCCCUGGCCGAGCUCGUGCGCCACUACCAGGAGGUGGAGUUCGAGCCUUUCGGGGAGACUCUGGCGGCCGCCUGCCCCCGGCCCGAGGAGAGCGAGCUGUACGACGCCAUCACGCUGGGCCCCCAGCACGCCAGCCCGCCUGCCCCCGUGGCCGCCCCGGCGCCGCCCGACUCGUGCGCCAGCCCCCGCCUCUCUCCAAAGCCCCAGGUCUCCUUCCUUCACACAAAGAAGGGCGCCGAGGCCAGUCCCUGGAGCCUCUCCAAGGAGGAGAGCGUGGAGGCCCCCGCCACAGUGCCCCCGCUCCCCGAGAGGAGCGCCUCCCUUUUGGAGGAGUCCUUCAGAAGCCCGGGCGACAUCGUCUAUGCAGACCUGAGGAAGAUAAAGCAGGCCCGCCUGGGCCUGGGCCCUGAGGGGUCCAGCAGGGUCGGGCCAGGGCCAGCCAGCAGCCCAGCCCGCUCCCCCAGGCAGGAGCCACUCAGGAGACUCUCUGAGGGAGGCCAGGGCCCCGUGGGGUCUCCCACUGCCUGGGGCCUCCUGCUGCCCCCCAGUGCCGGGGCCCAGGGAGCCUCCGGGGCUGCUCGGAGCCAGGGCUCCCCGAAGCCGAGCCCCCGGGCUCAUCCGGGCUUUGGGGGUGGCCGUGCAGACACCCACGGGCUGGCCAGGACGGCGGGCCUCCCGCAGGCGGCUGGGGGCGAGCCGGAAGGAGGGGACAGCUGCACCUACGAGCAGAUCCCGGCCUGCUGGGGCGGCGCCCUCAGGCCCCCCCACCCUGGGGCCAGUGGCACGUGCAGCAGGCUGCCCGAGCCUGCGGACUGUGGCUGUGAGAGAGUUUCGGAGGCCCCUGCGCCCCAGGAGCCCAGGGACACCUAUGAACAGAUCCCAGCAACCAGAAGCAAGGAGUCCACUCGGGCACACAAGCCCGACAGGCUCCGGAGGCUUUUCUUCACCGACAAGAAGCCCAAGCCCUGA